AUGACGACGUCCCAAGAUAGGCUGGUGGAGACGAAAAUGGUACAAGUUGCGAAUCAUGCAGAGCCCCCUCCGGCUUCGGGGGAGUAUCACACGUCUCUGGCACCUCAAACAAGAAACCUGCCUUACUCUGCUGCGACUUUUGCUACCUGGUUCAACCUUUUCCUGGCCCUACCAUAUCCCCGAGUCUGUUCCUCCAUUGCGCCUGGUCGAAGGACCCGGACCUUUGCUGGAUCCGCCAGUACGAAAGAUCCACAUCGUAUCCCUGAUCCACACGAUCCAGAUCCGAUUCGCUACGCAAUUAUUGCUUGUUUAGUCGAGUUUAUGCCGGAGGUUUUUAACUUCAACCUGAGCAUUGGCAUGAGGAGAGAUGGGAAUGAUGUUCAUCCGAAGGAUUGGGAUGGCUCCAACAAUUCAUAUGCGCCCUAA